AUGCCUAACCUCACGAUCCUGCGUACAUACGCUCUCAAGUCCAGUCCUACUGAAUUACCUUCCUCCGUACUAUUCCAGCAUACGGAGAGGUCGCUGACUAUCUUCGAUGCGUAUCCGAAGGCCAUGUUCCAUUUUCUUGUCCUUCCUCGAGUGACUCCGCCAUUCACGGUGGCAGAGCUUAGCAAUCUGAAGGCUCUCUUCAAGUCCGGCAGGGAGCGUGCUAAGUCACUGAUAGAAAUGCUUGGCCAGGAUGCUCGGCAAAUACAGAAAAUGGUCGAAGAAGAAAUGGUGAAACGGUACGGCUCCAAGUGGGACGUCUGGCUUGGAUUCCAUGCCGUGCCUUCCAUGGAACAUCUGCAUCUUCAUGUUAUUUCUUCGGACUUGGUGUCGCAAGCCCUGAAGAAUAAGAAGCAUUAUAACUCCUUCCACCCAAAGCUAGGCUUCUUUUUGCACUUGAACGAUGUCUUGUCCUGGUUCGAGUCCGAUCAGUCCUACUAUGACAUGAAGACUCAAUUAAAGAAGGAGGAAUAUGAACCCUUGCUGAAACAGGAUUUGGUGUGCUGGGAAUGCGACAGGCCCAUGAAGAAUAUCCCUACACUGAAAGGCCAUCUGAAGGAGAAGUGGGAAGAGCGGAUGAAGAAGGAGAAGAGCAGGUUCGAUAAGAAGCGCAAACGCGCCAUUGAUCCUGAAGAGGCAGCUGGGAUAGAGCAGCCUUCUUCGGAACCUUCGAACAAACGCGCUGAUACGGGAGACACUUUGUGACCGGUGUGUUGUCUCUGACUUCCCUAUCUUGAUCAGUAAUCCGUGCGUUGUAUUAAUGGAACCACUCCUGCUCCAAACUUCAAACGCG